UGCCAAUUGGUUAGCUUUGUCUUCCUGCAGCUGGCGCCCACGAAUCACGAAAUUCCCAUUCAUUUUGUAUCCGUACAGAACCUCGCUGUACCGGAUCGUCCUCAGGAAUACUACCUUUCACUAGCUUCCUGCGCGCCGUGUGCUUUACCGUACGCUUUCAUCCCGUGCAUGCAGAGCCGGCUCGUCGCAUUCCCUCGACCGACCCUGAACCGGCAGCUCUCGCUCGCCUUUGCGUCGCGCCGCCCUUCCUAUCCUUCCAUCCCUUUGAGAGGUACUUGAAAAAGAAAAGAUAAAAAAAAAGUACGAGAGACUCGACAGGUUCCAGACCCGGUUUUUUUUAUUUUAGUUGUUGGUUGGCCGGCCGGCCGCCGCCCCCCCAUUACUGCCUACAUACCUCUUCAAUGAACAGCAAUGUCGGACGUCAGAUCGGAUUCGGGGCUGGGCCUACGUUUUCUCGAUCUGAACGACAAUGAAGACGACAAUAGCCCAUGCAAAGGCCUGCGUCGCAUGAGGAGUCAUCCCAGCAAACCGACUCCUGUGACGCCGCUCGCCUCGUCGCCCCAAGCUUCAACGCCCUCUCUCCCUUCGCCCAUGAGCUCCCGGGUCGGCUUCUCACCUCUGUCACCGCCUCCCCGCCAACACUUUUCAGCACCUGGUCAACAGUUCUCGACCCCCGCGGCUAAGAGCCCUUUGGCGCGCUCGUGGACCGAAGACGACCUUACUGAAUCAGCUCAUUCCAACGACAACACGAAUGAGAACACCCGAGACACCCUCGGUCUCAUUCAGCGACUGAAUGACUUGACCCAGAAGCUGCUUGCGGGUGAAGGUGUCCCCGACACCAGUGUUAGCGCCCUGCACGGAAAGCUAGAUGAGCUAGAGUCGGUUCUGGCGGGAGAGCCGCCUCAAGCAACACCUCAAGGCAAACCAAAAACGUGGCCGCCCAUGGACGCUCAGAGUGUCGAGCACGAGUCCUUGUGGACCUCACCCUCUCACUCGUGGUUCCGAUCCGGCCUGUCAGAGAUAUCACCAUCGUUCCGGAGCUCGUUCAGACGGGACACGCCCUCGCCCGAGCCAACCGUCGAGAAGAAGCCCGCCGUCGACACUUUCCGCAUCGCUUCCGAAGCAGCGAAGCUUAACUCAGAAUUGGAAACCCUUGUCACCAAUCUCAAGGCCCGCCAGGAGGAAUCAGAGCACAUACACCAACUUCUUGUGACUCGCGCAGAACGCGCGGCACAAAGAAUCAUUUUUCUCCAAGGACGAGUACGAGACUUGGAGGAGGAACUACAAGAAAACGACUCUGAACUCACCUACCUUCGCCUCGGCCUCAAGGCCAUAGAAGUGCAAUGCCCAACCGAAAUGGACCCCGACCUCGCCCAAAGCAUCAACAACUGGAAGACCGACUGGUCCGACCUCAAACGAAAACGCUCCAAGCACAAGAGCUUCGACCGCUCCGCUUAUAGCACCCCCGUAGGCACGCCGUUGCGGCGGUGACACUGCCCAGGCCUUGUUUUUAUACCUCGUCUUUAAUGUGUGAUGACUCAAGAGAUAUGAUCGAGUGAUGAAGCCUCAAAAGUUAUCGAGUACCUUGCGGUUACGGCUGAAGCAUAGCAAAUGGUGUUUGGGAAAAAAACAGCAGGAUACACAGUCCGCAAAAAGUAGCGCAUUUCCUCGUCUUAGGUCCCCUUUAGUACAGCAUAGCGGAUACCACCAGAGUCUUGAAUACAGUCUCUUGUUUUGCCUCUUGAGCAUGAAGACAUCGUCUCAGACGACAGCGGAUGAGAGGUGAGCUAUGCGGAGUUGUGAAUGGCUCUUAGUACAACAGAUGAUGAACGCGAUCCGGGCCGCAUCGCACACUUGGGAGGAGACAAAGACGGCCACCGUUGCGUGAUGCUUGCUAGUGACCAUUCUCGUCGAUCUACACACCAUAAGGUUGGCGACUCGAAGAAAAGCAGUACAAUCAGUUGGAAAUUUUGACAAAAAAGAAUGAUCGUGACUUUGGCGUGCUGACCUCAUGGUUUCGCCUGUGUAUAGCCCCGUGGGAACCAUGUUUCCUGGGUCCAUUGUCGGGAAGAGCAGUUGACUCCAGUUGACUCUCUCGCUGUCUCACAUAAAAGUCCCAGACCUACGCAAGAACGACACGGUGUCAUGACAACGCUGGUUCUAACUUAUCGUUGUGUUUGUGCCGAAACCCGUUCGGCAUCUGAUCGCAUUUCACGCGAUGGCAACCCUGCAAUCUCUCCUCCGCAUUGUCUUCACCGCCACCGCCGUGGAUCAACCUCUUUCGCGUCCC